AUGUCCUUGGUCUCAUCGCAGAAUCCUCUUAACGCGUCAUUGAAUUCCAGCACUGAAGUCGACAACCGCAAAACCUCCCCGGACCACACUGAGGCUACGUUGAGUACGCUUCUCGGGGCUUUCGCAAACUCGGAGCACAACUCUAUGGACAGAGGUGCCGCCGAAUUCCCGCAGUCAGGUUUGCCCUCACCAUAUCCACACGCGUUGACCAACGCUCAAUCUGAAGAAUCACCCGCAGAUCACGCAUCUGCUGCGCAAUACACCCCUCAGCAAGAACCUAGGCCCAAUAACUAUCCAGCUUCAGCAACUCGCACACCUGAGUACGGUGUUUACCCUGCUUCGGCGCCGCGCCCAGGUUCUUUUCCAGAACAGAUUCAGCGCCAGUACCAUCCAGCUAGCAACCAUAGUGGAAGCAGCGGAGGUAUGGCUCAACCAACAAGUCCGUCACUGCCUUUGCAAGAUGGCCACACCAGUCAUCAAAACCCACAAACCAAGUCUGACUCGGAUGUACCUAUAGAUCCAUCAAUCGCAGCGUCGAGUCCUACCUACCCACCGCACGCCGGGCAAUACUCUCCAUAUCCACCCCAACAGGAGAUGCAGCAUGGCUAUCCUCAACAUCCCGGUGGCGCCAUGUACAGUCAACCACGGCCUGAUUGGGCUGGUUAUGCUGGCCACCCUCAGCAUCCUAUGCAAGGCGGAUACGCGGUGAGUGGUGCCCAAACACCAACCUCUGCGGCUCCAGCUGGCGCGCGUCCUGGCCAAGUCUAUUCGUUCGUUCCCAUCCCAGGUGCGCAACAGCACAAGCGUCCUCGACGACGGUAUGAAGAAAUUGAGCGUAUGUACAAGUGCGGAUGGAACGGCUGCGAAAAGGCUUACGGCACGCUGAACCAUCUCAAUGCCCACGUCACUAUGCAGUCGCACGGCCAGAAGCGCACACCUGAAGAGUUCAAGGAAAUCCGCAAGGAGUGGAAGGCGCGCAAGAAGGAGGAGGAGAAUCAACGCAAGGCCGAGGAGGAGCGCGCUCGAGCUGCUGCCGUUGGCGGCGCUCCUGUUGAAGGCCAGCCACCCAGCGAGGCUGCGUCGGCCCCUCCAGGCUACCAGCAAGGUGGCCCUCGUGCCGUUCAACUCCCACCCAUCGGUUACCAACCCGGGGCCCAAGUCCCUGGUCAAUACCAGGCCCCAGCUGGUGGUGUGCAGCAGCUUCAGGAGUAUAGCAAUAAUCAUCUUCAAUAUUCUGGCUACCCAGCUUCGCCGUAUGGCGCUCCAAACCAGAUGUAUAGCCAACAUAACCAAGGCGGCCCCGCACCCAAGUACGAGCAUUAG